AUGUCGAGCAGGCGUAGCUCGAGGCUGAAGCUCAGCCACAGGAAGGCGUCCCGAGACCGGGCGGAGGGUCGCUGCGAGGAUGAUCUGACACGGGUGGAGCAACGCCGGAUUAACCGGGCGAUCAUGCAGUCACUGGAGAAUGCGCCACCAGGGACAGUGAUGGCCAUGGGGCUGGCGGAGGGCCCUGGAGAGGCGGUGGUGCACGGGUCAGAGGCUCAAGGCGACUGCGAAAUGCUGCCUGAUGAGCUGCAGGCAGCCACGGAGGGGAAGCCUUGCAUGGUGGCAGAACCUGUCCCGUUGCCCAAUUCUGCAGCAAAGAAUACCGAGCCAGCCACAAAUGUCCAUCAUGGGUCAGUCGCAACUGACAAGCCCAAGAAAAGCGGCGUUGCAUGCAAUGAGAUGGCAGAUGAUCGGGGUGGGAAUCUGGCUACAGAUGUGCCAGUUCGACAGGCCAGCAGACUGCCAAGCUCCAGGGCAAAGAAGAUCGUGAGGCAGUCGCUGGCAGAGCAGAGCGAUGGCAGCUCGAUGUCCUCCCCUGUCUUGAAGGCCAAAGAGAAUGUCGAGGGCUCUGACUUCAGGCCGUCAUCAGAAAGCUCCAGCUCGGAGAGUGGCGAUGACUGUGAUGAUGAGGACGAUGAAGACUUUGAUGCAGAGGAGGAAACCCCAAAGAAAAGGAAGUCACAGAAGAAAUCCGUUUCGAUGGGUCCAUCAGGAGGGAAGAAGGCCCCAAAGUCCGUUGCUGUUUCAAAGCAAGGAGCAAAAUCUGGAGCCAGGAAGAGUGCUGCCAACAUGAAGAGGGACACCUCAACCUCCCGACCAUCUAAACCUGUGAGGAACAGUGUGCAACCGGCACGUGCAGCAGCAUUGCCUAAGAGUAAGGGGCGCUCCAGCUGUCGUGGCCUUCCUGUGGCGUCCCCAAGUCUGGGUGGCAUAAAGCCAAGGCAGAUGGCAAGCAUGGAAGGGGGCACUGCAGCACCUAAAGAGAUGGGCCCCAAUUGCAACACAGGCGUGGAAACAGCCAGUAGAAAGCCAACUGCCUGCUCACCACUUCGUCAGCUAAAUGGUAUGGCUGCUCCACAUCGUGAGCCAGGUGCAACAACCCCCUUGGCUGGUGCAGUAUCCCUGUAG